AUGUCAAUCGAACCGAAGCGAGUUUCAACGAACCUUGCCACGAUGUACGGCAGGCUCGCCACAGGUCACGAACGGAUGAAGAUAUGCUUCUGCACCGACCUCGACAAAUCGGUACUGAUCAGCAACUUCGAGAAGCGCGGCUGGGUCCAGGUGACGGCCGACGACGAUUGGAACUUCUACUGGGCCGGCACCGGGACGUGCCGCAACAUUUUCAGCGUCGACAGUGGAUAUCGGAUGCAUGACAACCAGGUGAUCAACCAUUUUCCAAAUCACUACGAGCUGUCGCGCAAGGAUCUGCUGGUGAAGAACAUCAAGCGCUACCGGAAGGACCUGGAGCGGGAUGGAAACGCGCUGGCGGAGAAAACAGAGGCCAACACUCCGGGUGGCUCCAAGUACCUUUACCUGGACUUUAUACCGAUCACAUUCGUGCUGCCAGCCGAUUACAAUAUGUUUGUGGAAGAGUACCGCAAGAAUCCGCAGAGCACGUGGAUCAUGAAACCGUGCGGCAAGUCGCAAGGGGCCGGCAUUUUCCUCAUCAACAAGCUGUCGAAGCUUAAGCGCUGGUCGCGGGAAGCCAAAACGUCCUUCCAUCCGCAGAUCGGCAAGGAAAGUUACGUCAUUUCAAGAUACAUUGAGAAUCCGCUCCUGAUUGGUGGUAAAAAGUUUGACCUACGGCUGUACGUACUGGUGACAUCGUUCCGUCCCCUGAAGGCCUACCUGUUCCGGUUGGGUUUCUGCCGUUUUUGCACCGUCAAGUACGACACUAGUGUCACGGAACUGGACAAUAUGUAUGUUCAUCUUACGAAUGUGAGCGUUCAGAAGCAUGGGGGCGAAUACAACAACCACCAUGGGGGCAAGUGGAGUGUCCAGAACUUGCGCCUGUACCUCGAGGGUACCCGUGGCAAGGAAGUAACGGAUAAGUUGUUUGGGUCCAUCACUUGGCUUAUAGUACACUCGCUGAAAGCGGUGUCGAGUGUAAUGGCCAGUGAUAGGCACUGCUUCGAAUGCUACGGUUACGAUAUCAUUAUCGAUAAUUCCUUGAAACCGUGGCUGGUCGAGGUGAAUGCUUCCCCGUCACUGACUUCGACCACGGCCAACGAUCGGAUUCUGAAGUACAAACUGAUCGACAACAUCCUCAACAUUGUGCUGCCACCGGACGGAGUGCCGGAUGUACGCUGGAACAAAAUUCCCAGUCCGGACAUGUUGGGCAAUUUCGAUUUGCUGAUCGAUGAAGAAAUCGCAGCGCAGGAGGACAAUUUGCAAAACAACAGCAGUGGCAAGCAUCGGUCCAACAGCAAUCGGUGGAAAUAG